UCGGAUGCGUAUUGUUGUUAGUAGGUUUCAGUGAUGCUAAUUUUUGCCAGCUUAAAAUUAUCUUUUCAGUAAUGUGAUUUUUUACAAUAUUUUGCUCACAAUAUGUCUGUGAAUGAUGUGAUGCUAUCAUCUAAUCCAGAAAUUAAUAAAAAAGUUCUUAAUUUAGCCAGUACAUUUAGCUCAUACUGUAGACAACAAAAUGAAAGAAUUUCUCAAAGAACAGCUCAAAUCACGGUCCGAGUUCUAUUACUGGAGUCAAAAUGGAGCUAUAUAUUGCAAAAUGAUGUCUCAAAAUGUGAAAAACAAAAAUUUAUUAAGGCAUGCUUCAGCUUUCUUUUCGACGAAAAAUGCAUUUCCGGGGUAACAGUACGAAUGCAAUGUUUCUUUUACGGAAGAUACUUAAGUAGAGAGGCAUAUAAAGAUCAUCAGAAACAAAUUCUUCUAAGGAACUGUUUCCAUUUACUUCAGAAACUGAAGAAAGUGUGGCACAACGCUUCAGAGGACCUAAGAGACAUGCACAAUGACCUGGUCAGGCUCAUUUUGAUCAAAGAAGGAAUGGAAUAUCAAGGGGACCGCGCAGCUUUUGAUGAGAUGAGAACUGCUGUUAACUGUGUGUUUCCACCAUCUGCUCUCUCCACAUUUGUGACAAGUAACCAAAAGACCAAAAUGGCUUUUAUAAACGAAGUGUCAUCCAUAUCUGCUGGCAUACGUCUUUAUUCCUGGUAUAGUAAACAGACCGGAAAAUUUAUGUUCAAUGUUCGGAAAAUAAUGGAAGAAAUUUUGCCAAAAGUUAUGGAAGACUGCCAUGAAGAAGUGAGCAUUACCAAAGAGAAGAUAGAGUUCCUGAGAAAUGAGCUAAUGGAAAAAGUAACUGAAGACUUAAAAAAGGACGAUAGAGAGAUUUACCAUCAAAAAUUACUUUUAAUAGGAUUAGUGAAUUAUUUUGAAUUCAUAAAAAUACUAAAGGAAAAUAUAGACGAAGUAGCUGUACAAACCUACAAAUUAGACUACAGUUUCACAGUCCAAAUCAAGGAAAUCAAUAUAUGUUCCAAAACUGGGCCUUUUUCCAGGGGAGAUCGAAUUAAUCCUCUGUAUAAAGAGCUCGCCAAAAUAUGGAAGCACAUACAAUUGGAAGGACAUCUUUUAAAUUUUUAUACAAACUUGUUCCAAGAUGUCAGAAGAUUUGCUGAAAGAAUAAUUGCAACAGGUCCAGAAGAUAUAUCAGACAUUCCUCUAAUUGAAGAUAAUUACGAACAAGAAACAGAGGAGAAGACAAUAACAAUCCUCCCAGAUGAUGUAAAGAAUUUUUCUGAAAUCACUUUGGAAUUUAAGGAAUUCUGCACCUUCUACUGUAGCAUGGGAAUUCUUGUACCAUGUAACAAAGAAAUAGGCAUUGUGAUGUACAAGCAAGCGUGCUAUGGAUUUUCGAACGUGGACGUUAUGGAAUUAUUUAAAAGACAGCCUGCAAAAUUCAUUAAUUCUGCGUUCGACUGCAUUCUUAAAAUACCUCAACUCAUUUUCACUCUUCAAGUAGAAGAAAAUUUUCAAUUUCCAGUAAUAAUGCUGCAUCUUUCACGGUAACCGAUUUCACAAUUUUUAUUGGAACAUCGGCAACCAAGUCAUGUGUAGUGAUCGUUCUAAUUCUCUCGGAGAGAGCGCGCCAAAGUGUGACGUGUGUUUCAUCUCAGUUAAUCAUCCAAUGGCAUGGAGACACAGCAUGACUCAGUAUUCCCGCCUCUCAGAGAACGCGGAGGAAUACAACUAGAGAGUAGAUCCCGGUGACAAGGCACGCUAUGUUGUGUGUGGAAUAAAGAUAUAUUUUUGAUAAUAAACUGUAGAGUGUUGCUUCCAAACCCUUACAUGGAGUCAGAUCAUGAUAAAUAAUAUUUUUGGAAUAAUCAACCUCUUCACAUGUAACUUUAAGACCGACAACUUUUUUUUAAAAAGAUUUUUGAUAACAGCAAUAUUUUUGAAGACAGGAGCUGAAAAGUGAUUUUCUAGCCUUAAUUUUGACUGUUUCUGUGACAAUUUAUGUAGCCAAAUAGUAACUUAGAUGUAAAGGAUUUGCCUUUGCCUUCUAGCUUGCAGAGAGGAUUUAUUUUUUUCAAAGAAUUUCAUACCGUCUUAUUUUUACAUCCAAAAAUGAGUUGUUCUGAAAAACUGCAAUAAAACAGCUUAAAAUCAUUUUUAGAACAAAUGUAUUAAAUACUGAUUUCAUAAAAAUCUGAUACAAUUCUACAUAAAAACAAAACUACUGUUUCAUAACCGAAUAACUGUAUUGAUUACAAAGGUAAAUAAGAUGGCUACAAUGAUUGUUUAA